CAGGGCUGAACCUGGAGGGCGGGUUCAUGUCGCCGAUGUCCCCGCCGGAGAUGAAGCCCGACACGGCCAUGCUGGACGGGCUGCGGGACGACGCCACCUCCCCGCCCGCGUACCGCAACUACCCCCCGAACCACCCGCUCAGCGGCUCCAAGCACCUGUGCUCGAUAUGCGGGGACAGGGCGUCGGGGAAACACUAUGGGGUUUAUAGUUGCGAGGGCUGCAAGGGCUUCUUCAAGCGGACGGUGCGCAAGGACCUCACCUACGCUUGCCGCGAGGAGCGCAACUGCAUCAUCGACAAGCGGCAGAGGAACCGCUGCCAGUACUGCCGCUACCAGAAGUGCCUCGCGUGCGGCAUGAAGCGCGAGGCGGUGCAGGAGGAGCGGCAGCGGGCCGCGCGCGGCGCCGAGGACGCGCACCCCAGCAGCUCUAUACAGAUCGUGCUCCAAGAGCUGUCGAUCGAGCGCCUCCUGGAGAUGGAGUCGCUGGUGGCGGACCCGAGCGAGGAGUUCCAGUUCCUGCGCGUGGGGCCGGACAGCAACGUGCCGCCGCGGUACCGCGCGCCCGUCUCCAGCCUGUGCCAGAUCGGCAACAAGCAGAUCGCGGCGCUGGUGGUGUGGGCGCGCGACAUCCCGCACUUCAGCCAACUGGAGCUGGACGACCAGGUGGUGCUCAUCAAGAGCUGCUGGAACGAGCUGCUGCUGUUCGCUAUAGCCUGGCGCUCUAUGGAGUACCUGGAGGACGAGCGCGAGAACGCGGACGGGUCCCGCAGCUCCGCGCCGCCGCAACUCAUGUGCCUAAUGCCAGGCAUGACGCUGCACCGCAACUCGGCGCUGCUGGCGGGCGUGGGGCAGAUCUUCGACCGCGUGCUGUCGGAGCUCAGCAUGAAGAUGCGCGCGCUGCGCAUGGACCAGGCCGAGUACGUGGCGCUCAAGGCGAUCAUACUGCUCAACCCAGAUGUUAAAGGACUGAAAAACCGACUAGAAGUCGAAGCAUUACGGGAAAAGAUGUAUUCCUGCCUGGACGAGUACUGCCGGCGGUCGCGCAGCAGCGAGGAGGGCCGCUUCGCCUCGCUCCUCCUUCGCUUGCCCGCCCUACGCUCCAUCUCGCUCAAGAGCUUCGAACACCUGUUCUUCUUCCAUCUCGUGGCGGACUCCAGCAUCGCUAGUUAUAUCAAGGACGCGCUAAGGAGCCACGUGCAGACCAUCGAUACUAACUCUAUGAUGUAG